AUGGAUUGCACUCCCAUCGUUGGCCAUGGCUUCGUGUUGGACAAGUACAAGUGUCAGUGCAGGAGAGGAUUCUACCAUCCAAGUCGAGUGGCGCUCAACGGCUUUAAAAGUAAGGAGUCGGGUUCUCACAGAGACGAGUCCUCUGACGUGUCCAGUAAGUGCCUGCCGUGUCGUGAAGGCUGCCCGUACUGUCGUGAUGACACUCCCUGUCUGGUGCAGGAGGACGGCGCCCUGCGACUCGCCGUGGCCUCCUUCCAGGGUCUGUGCAUGGUGCUGGACCUGGCCAGUAUGGUGGUGGUCUACCACUUCAGGAGGAAAAAGAGCAUCCGAACAUCAGGACUUAUUCUGCUGGAGGCCAUCUUAUUUGGAGCUUUACUACUCUACUUUCCAGUGAUGAUCCUCUACUUUCAUCCUAGUGUGUUUCGUUGCAUCCUGCUGAGGUGGGUUCGCCUCUUGGGUUUCGCAAUCAUGUAUGGAACCGUCGUCCUCAAGCUCUACAGGGUGUUGAAGGUGUUUCUGUCGCGUACGGCCCAGAGGACACCGUACAUGACCAGCUGGCGUGUCCUGCGGCUGCUGGCGGUCAUUCUGCUGGUGGUGCUGUGGUUUCUGGUGGCCUGGACCUCGGCCGUGUGCCAGAACCCUGAGCUGAGUCGGGCCCUGAUCUCUGCAGGACUCACUCCAGAGGGGCUACAGUUCAGCAUGUGUCUGCUCGACCGCUGGGACUACAUGAUGGCUGUUGCGGAGUUCCUGUUCCUGCUGUGGGGCGUGUACCUAUGCUAUGCCGUCCGCACCGUGCCCUCGGCGUUCCACGAGCCGCGCUACAUGGCCGUAGCUAUCUACAAUGAGCUCCUGAUAUCCGCCAUCUUCCACAUCAUAAGGUUUUUGCUGGUGCCGGGGCUCCAUCCUGACUGGAUGCUCAUGUUGUUCUUUGCUCACACUCAUCUGACUGUAUCUGUGACUCUUGGUCUGCUGCUCGUUCCAAAGUUCUUGUCCAAAGGGACUCAGGCCAGAGAUGAUAUUGCCACCGAGGCCUACGAGGAGGAGCUGGACAUGAGAAGGUCUGGAUCGUAUUUAAACAACAGCAUCACCUCGGCCUGGAGCGAGCACAGCCUGGACCCAGAGGAUAUAAGGGAUGAGCUGAAAAAGCUGUAUGCCCAGCUGGAAGUCUACAAGCGCAAGAAGAUGCUCGCAAACAACCCUCACCUCCAAAAGAAGCGCAACUCCAAAAAAGGCCUGGGCCGCUCCCUGAUGAAGCGGAUAACGGAGAUCCCAGAGACCAUGCACAUACACCGCCAAUGCAGCCGCGAGGACGGCAGCGAACACGGCAGCAACCGCAGCACUUUGAGGAGGAACCCAUUCGAUCCCAGCCACCACAGCAAACAACGGGACGACUCCCUGAAGAACAAAGUCAUGGGCUUGAAGAAGUCACUCAGCUAUGACCACGUUUGUGACCAGGACGAGGAAACUGCAAGUCCAACCGGCUCGGCUAUCGGAGACAAAAUGACUCCUGUUGGAGGAGGUGGGGAGGGGUCUCUCCUCGGUUCCCUCAUAGGUCGCCGCCACGCCAAGAAGCCGCUAGAACCAGCUGUGACCCCACAAACACUGCAACCAGCUGAGUCCACCGAAUCUGUUCCGCUGUUCUGGAAAUCAGCCAGCGCUCACAACCUGACGCAUGAGAAGAAACCUGUCCACCUGCGGACCUCCAUCAUGCAGAAGUCUCUGAGUGUGAUCGCCAGCGCCAAGGAGAAGAUGCCAGGGCUCGCCAACAAGACGCAAAGUGUGGAGGAUGCCAGUAAGAAAGGUGUGAAGGGACAGGAUGGGAGGCUCGCUGAGGUGGAUGAGACGCCUGAACAUUACCCAAAGAUGAUCAUCAGCCAGUCAGUGGAGUACUCCAAGACCCCCCUAAAGAUGGGCAUCAUGAAGCAACAGGUGAGCGGUAGCCAGCCGUCCAUUUGCUCUGAGACUGGGAGGAACCUGUACGAUGUCUCAGAGGUUUGUCCCUGGGAGUUGGAAGAAACCCAGACUCCCUCUGAGGUUAAGACCCAGAAACAUGUUUCCAUCGCCCCAGGAGAGACCACAUCAGGCCGGCGAGGCAGCAGCUCUGGAAACACCAAAGGCAGUCGGUCCCAGCAGAGGCAGAAAUCAGGGCAGUCCCCCGCCAACAAACGCCGCUCCAAAGACAAAGGAGGGGAAAAAGAAGAAGGCAGGGAAACGCGCAAAUCUCGGCCUCCCAGGUCACCUCUGCCCCUCAAACCGGACGUCUGCCCCUGGGAGUUCGAUGAGCAGCCCAUGUUGGGGGGGGAUUCAGAUUCCAUCUCCCCAGACCGGAUCAGACGCAAGAAAAGCGUCACACCAACUGAUGGGAAACCGAAGACGCUCCAUUCAGAUCACUCCAAGUCCACGGGGAGCCUCCUGCAACCCCCGUCCCUGAUGGUGGAGAUCUGUCCAUGGGAUUACAGCAGCCCCCCCUCGCCCAAGCAGGAGAAGCCCAGCAACAGCCCGACGACACACAAGAAGAAACGGAAAGGCUCCUGCUCCUCCAACCACAAAUCAGAGAAGGAGAAAGGCAGGGAAAGGCGGAGCUCCUCCAGCAAGCCGUCGUCGGAGAGGAGGCGCGUCAGCCAGUCGUCGGAGUGCAGCGGGCUGGUUUCUGAGCGGCGGAGGUGCUCCACCAGAGACCCAGAGGUGAUGGAGAACAAAAGGGCGGAGGUUUUCCUCAGGGAAGCCGAGCCCUCGCACACCAGCUUUACUCAGACUAAACUCUCACCAGAGAGGAAGAAGGAGAGCAGUAGUUACAAACCUGCACUCAUCAGCAGUGCAAAAAAAGCUGAUGUUUGCCCCUGGGACUUUCCAGACCAAGACUCUGGAGAAAGGGCAUGAUGACUGGUGUGACGACUGUACUUUUUGUAUUCACAGAAUGACAGCACAAAAA